CGGUCGUUUUUCAAAUAGUGCCUCGAAAUCGAGACGAUUGGGAGCAUUCGAAUAGCAUUUGUCGCGCGAGUGAGUCCACCCGCGUGCGAAUGUCAAUUUGUAACAGAAUUAAUUGUAGAACGAACUUCGUACUUCGUUGCGUAAAAGGAUUGUUGUGUAAAGUGUGAAAUAACGACCGGAAGGAUGCUGAGGAACAAAGAUCAGCAUGUCAACGUCUUCGUGCGUGUUAAGUAAGUCAGCCACCUGCGAUUCGUUAACGCGAAUACCAAAUAGAUAUAGUUUGUGCGCGUAUAAACUUUUAUUUAUUAAAAAAUAAUUAUCGUAGAAUUGAAUAUCCGUCCCGAUGAAACGACUGAUUUCUCGUGUAAUAAUUCUUAUUAAUUCGAUCCCGCCGUCCGUUACGAGGAAAGACCGAGUUUAGUGUGAAGGUCGCGCUUGUCUUUCUUUUUCCGCACUGUUGUGAUUUUUUUUACCUGUCCUGAGAAUGUUUGAUUACAAUUUGCCGAAAGGAAGUUGAUACAUUGAACAAUCUUGUGAAACGUAUUCUUAUUAUGGAUAGACUUGAUGGAAAUUUGAUUUAGUGACUUAAGCGGCAUAAAUAUCUUCGAAAUAUCUUAGCAACGUCUAAGGAAUAUAUUACUUGUUAAUCGACUUGUUAAUCCUCGAACGGCAAGGUAGGGUCAAAUUGACCCCCUGGUUUAUCUUACAACGUGCACACACUGUUUCUCUUAAAGAAUGUUUCAUGUUAAUAUUUACUUCUUUUAUCCAUUUUACACAUUGAUUAUAUGGAAAAUAAAGCAGAGCACGAGGUCGGAUACAGGACUAUUUUCCUGGAUACAUCGAAAAUGCACCUUGCUAUUAAAGAGUUAAAUGUCUCUUAAAUAUCUCCGAGACGUAUUUCAAGCACAUUCGUGCUGUCUGGAAUUUAAAACUUGAAUCUUAAUUUAAACAUCGGAAAUUGAAUUGGCACAUAAUACUUUACGCAUUGACGGUGCAUAAAUAUGAUAACGAUAAUCGUGUGACGACAAUAGAUAAUUAUGCGCAUCUAACGAUGUUUUUUAUUUUUCUUCUUUCAUUUGACAUUUCGCAAUAUAUCAACAGGCCUCUGAACAAGAAGGAGACACUGGAGAAAAAUGGUGAGAGACCAGUAGUUCCAGUGGUGCAGGUGGCAUCCGAGAAGGAGAUAAUAGUUUACGAGCGAUCGCAGGAGAAAAUUGCGAAGAAGUUCACGUUCGAUAAGGUGUUCGGCCCGGCGUCCACCCAACUGGACGUGUACAACGUGGUGAUUCGGCCGUUGUUGAAGGAAGUCUUGGCCGGAUACAGCUGCACCGUCUUCGCCUAUGGCCAGACCGGCACCGGCAAGACGUAUACGAUGGAGGGCGGCCGCGUAGAGGACUCAGGUUUGCACUGGCAGAGCAACACGACCGCCGGCAUGAUACCCCGUUGCCUGAGCCACCUGUUCGACGAGCUCCAGCAGCUGGAGAGCCAGCAGUACGUCGUCAAGAUCAACUUCCUGGAGUUGUACAACGAGGAACUGUUCGACCUCCUGGGCCCCGGCGGUCACGACGCAACGAAGAUCAAGCUGUACGAGGACACGUCGAAGAAGGGCUCGGUCAUCAUACACGGCCUGGAGGAGGUGACCGUGCACAACAAGACGGAGGUUUACAGGAUCCUGGAGAAGGGCUCGGAGAGGAGGCAAACCGCGACGACGUUGAUGAAUUCCAACUCGAGUCGUUCGCACACGGUGUUCACCAUAACGAUACACAUGAAGGAGGAGACCUCGGAGGGGGAGGAGCUGCUGAAGACGGCGAAGCUGAACCUGGUGGACCUGGCCGGUAGCGAGAACGUCAGCAAGUCCGGAGCCGUUGACAAGAGAGCGAGGGAGACCAGGAAUAUCAAUCAGUCCCUGCUGACUCUUGGUAGAGUGAUUACCGCGCUCGUGGAGAGGGCGCCCCACAUACCCUACCGGGAGUCGAAGCUCACGAGAUUGCUGCAGGAGUCACUGGGCGGGCGCACCAAAACCUCGAUAAUCGCGACCAUUUCGUCCGCAAGUGGCAACGUCGACGAGACACUGUCGACGUUGGAUUACGCCUACCGGGCGAAGCAUAUCACCAAUCGACCGGAGAUCAAUCAGAGGCUCUUCAAGAGAGCGCUGCUGAAGGAAUACACGGAGGAGCUCGAGAGACUCAGGAAAGACCUGACAGCAACGCGCGAUAAAAAUGGCAUCUACCUGUCGCAGGCCAAGUACGACUCUAUGCACGCGCUGAUCGACUGGCAGAAGAAGAAGAUACAGGAUCAGGUCAACGAUUUCAAAGCUUUAGAGGAGACUAUAGAGAGCAAGCAGGUGUGAUACUUCAAGAUGUAUAUUCCGAGGAGCCUUCUAUAGUUUGAAAAACCGCA